GAAGACGAGCCAGUUCUUUCUUGUUUAAGCAAGAAAACAAAUUGUUCUACGUUCCUCAGGCGCCACCAUGGGGGAGUGGGGGUUCCUGUCGCAGCUCCUGGACCAGGUCCAGUCCCACUCCACCAUGUUCGGGAAGGUGUGGAUGAGCGUCCUGUUCCUGUUCCGGAUCUUCAUCCUGUUGGCGGCGGUGGAGAACGUGUGGGGCGGGGAGCAGGGCGACAUGUUCUGCAACACCCUGAGCGUGGGCUGCAGGAACACCUGCUACGACCAGUCCUUCCCGCUGUCCCACACCAGGUUCUGGAUCCUGCAGAUCCUCACCGUGUCCGUUCCCACCCUCCUCUACCUGGGCCACGUCCUGCUGGUGCUGCGCCGCGAGAACAAGCUGAGGAGGCGCCUGCAGCAGAGUUUCCCAGGCGUGGAGAAGCUGGGCGGCGUGGAGAAGCUGGGCGGCUCGGAGAAAGUGGAGAAGCUGCCGCGGUACUCGGACGAGCGCGGGAAGGUAGAUGAAAAAAGGGAAGGUGCAGCUGGAGGGGGAGCUGCUGGUCAGCUACCUGGUGCAGCUGCUGGUGAAGGUCCUGCUGGAGCUGGGCUUCAUGGUGGGCCAGUACUACCUGUACCAGUUCCUGCUGAUGCCCAGCAGGCUGGUCUGCUCCCAGUACCCCUGCAGGAACGCCGUGGACUGCUUCAUCAGCCGGCCCACCGAGAAGACCGUCUUCAUCAUCUUCAUGCUGGUCAUGGCCCUGCUGUCGGUGGUCCUCAGCCUCCUGGAGAUGUUGCACCUGCUGGCCCUCCGGCUGAGGAGGAGGAGGAGGAGGAAGAGCGGCUCCAAAGGUCUCCAGCUCGGCCGUCUGAACCCCCUGGUGAGGGGGGGGGGUCGGUUCCUCGGGGGUCGGUUCCUCAGGGGUCGGUUCCUCAGGGAUCAGUUCCUCGGGGGUCGGUUCCUCGGGGAGGGUGACGUUUUGCUGACCGCUGCGCUAAUCACUAAAUCAAGUUUCCACAAGCGUCAACUCCGUCUGAUUGGUCCCCUUUAGACUAGAUUCAGCUCAGUUCGUUAGUCGGCUAGCUAGUUAGCUAGCAACAUCCUCCAGUUGUGUCCAUUCUCAUGGCAACGUCCUCCAGUUGUGUCCGUUCCCAUGGCAACGUCCUCCAGUUGUGUCUGUUGCCAUGGCAACGUCCUCCACUUGUGUCUGUUGCCAUGGCGACGUCCUCCAGUUCUGUCUGCUGCCAUGGCAACAUCCUCCAGUUGUGUCCGUUGCCAUGACGACGUCCUCCAGUUGUGUCCGUAGCCAUGGCAACAUCCUCUAGUUGUGCCCGUUGCCAUGGCCACGUCCUCCAGUUGGGUCCAAUUGAUUUGGGAUGGUAAUCAGUGACGGCAGAGUGAGCGGGGAGCAGUGGGAAAAUCAGGACCAUGGAAGGUUAGGACCGGUGUUCCUCGGUGCUGGUGCGGUGCCAGUUCUUACUUCUCCUGAACAAGUUCAAAGUUCAGUUCACAUACAGUAGUUUAAUAAUGAAUAGUUCACAUUCAUAGUUCACCGUUUUCACUUUGAACCAGUUCAAAUUCAGUUAAUUUCAAUAUUUUUAGGUGAGAAGUAGCAAUGAAACGCCCCCCCCAUCCUAAAACUGUUCCCUGUAUACAAUCAUGUAUUAUCCUGGUGGCUUUUCAACUUUCCUCAGAGGCUGUAAAUCUCCAACAAUGUCGUCCAUUAUCAGUGUGUCUCCCUGUUGCUCGGAAAUCAACCCCCUAGUAGUAUAUUUGAAAACAAGUGCAUUACUCUGUGUGACCAUUAGGCGGCACUGUGACUGUACUCUUGUGUUACUGCGUUGGUAUCGAGACAGAUGAAGAAUAAAGUUGUUC